AUGACGGAUGAUGUGAAAAGGUUCUUCCACAAUAUCCGGAAACGUGUGGCCGGUCUGAACUGCAUCAUAAUCACCGAUCGGGACGGUGUGCCUCUGAUGAAGGUCGGUGAUGAUAAAUCUCUCGGCAUGAUUAUGAAGCCGUCGUUCCACACCACGUUCACGAUGGCGACGGAACAGUCAAACAAGUUGGGCCUCGGUCGAAAUCGAAAUAUCAUCUCUAUCUACACCGGCUACCAGGUGGUGCAGAUGAACAAGCUGCCACUGCUGGUCACCUUCAUUGGCACGGAAAGCUGUAACAUCGGCCACAUACUGGCACUUGACCAACAGAUCGAGCUGGUGCUGGAUGAGGUGAAGGUGGCCGUCACUGAAACGUGA